CGCGUCGGGGCGUUUCAUUGUGAUUGGUCGACGACCGAUGCCCGGUGUCCGGGUAAGAUGGCGUCGGAAGAGCAGUGCUCGGCACCACCUCGAUGGCGGUCGAUAUCCUUAACCCACGUAGAGUAUCCGGCUGGUGAUCUGACGGGGCAGGUAUUGGCCUGCAUGAGCCUGCUGCCCAUAGCGAUCCUCGUCGGAUUCGUUACUCUGAUCGUCUUCAAGAGAGAACUACAUACGAUCUCUUUUUUUGGGGGUUUGAUCAUGAAUGAGGGGCUAAACUGGCUGCUCAAACACAUUAUACGGGAGCCUCGACCAUGUGGGGGUCACAGCGCAGUCACGACAGAGUACGGGAUGCCUUCCAGUCACUCUCAGUUCAUCUGGUUUUUUGUUGUAUACUUUUUUCUUUUUCUUUAUUUAAGAAUGCAUCAGACGAACAAUGCCAGGUGUGUUGAAUUGUUAUGGCGGCAUAUACUGUCCAUCAUUCUAAUGGCCGUGGCUCUGUCCGUGUCAUACAGCAGAGUCUACCUCCUGUACCACACCUGGGGUCAGGUGAUUUAUGGGGGUGUGGCUGGUUUGGUGAUGGGAGUGGUUUGGUUUUUUAUCACCCAAGAGGUGCUAACGCCACUCUUUCCCAAGAUGGCAGCCUGGCCUAUCUCAGAGUUUUUUCUGGUGAGAGAUACAAGUCUCAUUCCCAACAUCCUGUGGUUUGAAUACACAGUAACCAGAUCAGAAGCCAGAAACAGACAACGAAAGCUGGGAACGAAGCUUCAGUGAUUUGCUUCAAAACCCCAGUGAAAACUGACCCCACACACACACACACAUACAUAUGCACACACACUCUCAAACACACUGGAGUUUCAUAGUCUGGACUGUUCUGGUUAAUGUGAAAGCACAGAACAGUGUACUUGUGGACCAAAGGAGCGAGUUUGUAUCGCAGACGUGACCGUUAUCACAUGACCCAACUGUUCGCACGACAACAUGGCCUUCUCCUCCCCCCCCCCCCGUCCUUAGGCUGCCCUGCGUUCCUAAUGCAUGCAGACCGUGCAAGAGACAAAACUAUUUAAUGACAAAUGUAAUAUAUAUUUUAUUCAUUAACAUUCACAGGGACGAUCUUAAUGGCGAUGUGAAGGGGGGAAGAGGUGGAAGUGAAUGAAAGAAAUUUUUACGACAUGGCAAACAUAUCAGCAUGGCAUUACUUUUAUUUAAACGACAUGUUAAAGGACCAGGGACAGGAAAGUGGGAAUUUAAGGCUGGGUUAUAAAUCAGGCGGAGGGGAGGAAUGCAGAACCAAAUGCCGCAUUUAAAACAGAUGUGGGGCGGGGGUGGGGGGGGCUAUUGCUUUUACUCAUUUGUAUAUCCUAAAAUAAAUAAAUAUUCAUUACAAGGUGAAUAUCGCAAAAAUAUGUCCAGGUCACAAUUUACCCUAAAUAAUGUUUGUUUUUUUUAUUUACCAAAUUUUCAUUAACGUGUCCAGGCGUUUUACCUUUUUAUUCUCAAUAAUGAUUCUCUCAUUACUGUGAUAGUUUUUUUUUUUUUUUGCAUAUUGUUUUCCAGAAUGUGCUUGUCGCAAUGUAAAAACUCAUAAUGGUCCUAAAAUAGGCUUCACUUUCUUAAAGCAAAAUAUUUAUUUCGUUUGAUUUUGGGGUGAAACGCAACCCCGACAUGUUCUCGACUGGCUUUGCGAGAUUCACCUUGGAUUCCUGUUAAAAAGUGUAAUCUAAACUCAAAUAAUUUGCACUUUGUCAAUUCGAUUCGAUAUUAACACUA